UGUUGCGCACAGUGUGCAUUGAAGAUUAGUUAAGUAUUUGUGACAUCAUAGUAGCGAUUAUGGGUCAACAACACCCUAGUUUGAAACCCCGCAUGUUGGAUGACCUCAUGCGGAUGUCCGACUUUAGUGCAGACGAACUCAAGAUUUGGUAUAAUGAGUUUUCUAAGGACAGCGUUUCUGGAUUUCUUUCCAAAAACGACUUUAUCAAAAUCUACAAAGGAUUGUUUCCGCAUGGUGACGCUAGUGGGUUCGCUGAUCACGUGUUCAGAACAUUCGACGCCAACAAAGACGGUGUCCUUAAUUUCCGCGAGUUCGUGAUCGGGUUGUCGCUGACAAUGAAGGGACCGCUCGACGACAAACUUUAUUGGGCGUUUAAGCUUUAUGACGUCGAUGGCAAUGGUUUCGUCACAAAGGAUGAAAUGAACGAAAUAAUAGCGGUAUCUAACGCGAUAUUCACCGUGUGUUGCACCGACACAACCGAUGAUGACGUCAUAAUGAGCGGUCGCGAAGCGUUCAAAACAAUGGACACGGAUGAAGAUGGAAAAGUUUCAUGGGGAGAGUUUAGGAAGGGGAUUCAUAGCAACCGUGUGUUCAUGCUGAUUGUCGAGGCUAAGAUGAAGAAUGCCGGUGUGACGUCACGUUGACGUCAUGGGUGUGACGUCACAUUGACGUCAUGACUACUGUAUAUAUUGCCGCUGACGUUUUUACUUUUAUUGACCAUGCAACGAUUGUUACGUAACAAAUAACAAAUGAUGUCAUAAUACGAACAAAUUGUGACGUACUGAACUUAAUUGUUUCAUCACAAGAGACAAAGGAGUAUUAUGACAUCACAAACAAAGAGA